AUUGUUCACUGUCUUUACUCAUGGUUCCUCUCUCUCUCUCCAAAAGCAAAAACCACUCACCUUUGGCCCUUUCCUAAAUUCUUUUGCACAGUGUUGUUGGUAGGGUUCUCCUAAUCUUUCAGCGUAUCUCUGCGAAGAGUUGGAGGACACUGAAGGAAGAAAGAAAGAUUGGGGCCAGAAUUUUCUCUCCGUGUCUCUCUCUAAAACCCUAGCUUUACUCGUCUGCUGUAACCUAGGUUGCGGGGCUGGAAAUCCGCUCAAGUAUGGCUCAAUUUUCGGUCUGCGACUUGUCCGAGCCGUCUCCCGAGUUCAGAGCACGUCACUGAAUUAGUUGGGAGAGAAAGAGGGGAAGAAAUAAUGGGAGGAGACGAGCGUGAAUUAGUGCUGGCAUGCGUGAUACCGGGGGCCCUUUUCUCUCUUUUGUGUUCGGCUUCUUUUUCUAUACUCUGGGCGGUAAAUUGGCGGCCAUGGCGGAUUUAUAGUUGGAUCUUUGCUCGGAAAUGGUCGGAUUUCUUACAAGGACCUCAGCUGGGAAUAUUAUGUGGUUUCCUGUCUCUGUCUGCGUGGAUGGUUGUCAUUUCUCCAGUUGUGGUGCUCAUUGUUUGGGGAUGCUGGUUAAUUAUAAUAUUGGGUCGAGAUAUAAUUGGUUUGGCUGUGAUAAUGGCUGGAACUGCUCUUCUUUUGGCAUUCUAUUCAAUCAUGCUUUGGUGGAGGACACAAUGGCAAAGCUCAAGGGCUGUUGCUGUACUACUACUUCUGGCUGUUGCCCUCCUCUGUGCAUAUGAACUCUGUGCUGUGUAUGUUACAGCAGGUUCAAGUGCAUCCGAUAGAUAUUCUCCUUCUGGCUUUUUCUUCGGUGUAUCAGCAAUUGCUCUAGCAAUAAACAUGCUUUUUAUUUGCAGGAUGGUCUUUAAUGGGAAUGGUUUAGAUGUAGAUGAAUAUGUGCGAAAGGCAUACAAGUUUGCAUAUUCUGAUUGUAUUGAAGUUGGUCCGUUAGCUUGCUUGCCUGAACCACCUGAUCCAAAUGAAUUAUACCCUCGGCAAUCUCGCAGGGCUUCACAUCUAGGGCUUCUCUAUCUUGGCUCACUUGCUGUACUUCUUGUUUAUUCUAUCUUAUAUGGUCUGACUGCAAAGGAGGCACAUUGGCUAGGGGCCAUCACGUCAGCUGCUGUUGUUAUUCUUGAUUGGAACAUGGGGGCUUGCUUAUAUGGGUUUCAGCUUCUUAAAAGUCGCAUUGUGGCGCUUCUUGUUGCGGGCACAGCUCGAGUGUCUCUAAUUUGCUUUGGAGUUCAUUACUGGUAUCUCGGACACUGUGUUAGUUAUGCAGUAGUAGCAUCUGUGCUUUUAGGUGCCGCUGUUUCUCGUCAUUUAUCAGUCACAAAUCCUUUAGCUGCAAGGAGAGAUGCCUUAAAGAGUACUGUGAUUCGCCUGAGGGAGGGGUUCCACAAGAAAGAACAGAACAGUUCAUCUAGCUCUUCUGAAGGUUGUGACUCAAGUGUGAAACGCAGUAGCAGUGCUGAGGUGGGUCAGCUCGGUAAUAGUGUUGUACAUUGCACGGGUGAUGCUAAUGGCUGGCACAAUGUUGAGGGGAUCAAUAGUGAUAAGAGCAUUGAUAGUGGAAGGCCGAGUUUGGUAUUACAUAGUAGUUCCUGUCACUCAGUUGUUCAAGAGACAGAAACAGGAACUUCCUAUGUAGAUAAAAACUUUGAGCAAAAUACUUCUCUAGUAGCUUGUUCUAGUAGUGGUCUUGAAAGUCUGGCCUGUGAGUCAAGUGCAUCAAUUUCAGCAAAUCAACAAGUGCUAGAAAAUUUAGCUCUUGUAUUCCAAGACAAGUUGAAUGACCCAAGGAUUACAUCUAUGUUGAAAAAGAGAGCCAGACAGGGUGAUCAAGAACUAACUACCUUGUUGCAGGAUAAAGGGCUAGAUCCUAAUUUUGCUAUGAUGUUGAAGGAGAAGGGAUUAGAUCCAACUAUCCUUGCAUUGCUGCAGAGAAGUAGUUUGGAUGCUGAUAGAGAUCAUCAUGACAACACUGAUAUAACCGUCAUUGACUCAAAUAGUGUCGAUAAUGCUUUACCCAAUCAAAUUUCCCUUUCAGAAGAACUUAGGCUUCGGGGGCUAGAAAAAUGGCUUCAAUUUUCCAGACUGGUUUUGCACUAUAUAGCUGGUACACCAGAGAGAGCAUGGGUUCUCUUUAGUUUCAUUUUCAUCAUUGAGACUGUUAUUGUGGGAAUUUUUCGACCAAAGACCGUUGAAGUUAUAAAUGCUGCACAUCAACAGUUUGAAUUUGGUUUGGCCGUGUUGCUUCUGUCUCCUGUUGUAUGUUCUAUCAUGGCUUUCCUUCGGUCACUUCAAGCUGAGGAAAUGGUUAUGACUUCAAAACCACGUAAGUAUGGUUUUGUUGCCUGGAUGCUGAGCACUUGUGUUGGUUUGCUGCUUUCCUUCUUGAGCAAGUCAUCGCUACUUCUUGGGUUGUCUUUGACUGUCCCUCUUAUGGUGGUAUGCUUAUCUAUUGCUAUUCCAAUAUGGAUUCGUAAUGGCUACCAGUUUUGGGUUUCAAGAAUUGAUAGCUCAGGAGAUGGAGGAAACCAUCGAACUCUGGGAAUGAAUGAGGGUGUUAUUCUUUUUGUCUGCUUGUCAUUAUUUGGUGGAUCUGUAUUAGCUCUUGGUGCAAUAGUAUCUGCCAAGCCUUUAGAUGAGUUAGGCUACAAGGGAUGGACUGGUGGCAAUAGCAGCAUUACAUCUCCUUAUGCAUCAUCAGUGUACCUUGGCUGGGCAAUGGCCUCUGCAAUUGCCUUAGUAGUUACUGGUAUCCUGCCAAUCAUAUCAUGGUUCACUACAUACCGGUUCUCUCUUUCUUCUGCCAUAUGUGUUGGCAUAUUUGCAGUUGUCCUAGUAGCAUUUUCAGGUGUUUCCUACUUGGAGGUUGUGAGUUCUAGGGAUGACCAGGUUCCUACAAAAGCUGAUUUCCUUGCUGCUUUGCUUCCUUUAGUGUGCAUUCCCGCAUUGCUGUCACUUUGCUCUGGUUUGCUUAAAUGGAAAGAUGAUGACUGGAAACUUUCUCGAGGUGCUUAUGUAUUCAUUAUUGUUGGUCUGCUUCUUCUGCUUUGUGCAAUAUCUGCUGUUAUUGCUAUUGUUAGACCUUGGACGAUUGGAGCUGCGUUUCUUUUAGUUCUUCUGCUCAUUGUUUUAGCUAUUGGUGUCAUCCACCAGUGGGCUUCGAGCAAUUUUUAUUUGACCAGGAUGCAGAUGUUCUUUGUUUGUUUCCUUGCUUUUCUGUUGGCUUUGGCAGCAUUUCUUGUAGGAUGGUUUGAAGACAAACCUUUGGUUGGAGCAUCUGUUGGAUACUUCUCAUUUCUUUUUCUUCUGGCUGGAAGGGCGUUGACUGUGCUUCUUUCACCUCCUAUUGUAGUCUAUUCCCCAAGGGUGCUCCCUGUCUAUGUUUAUGAUGCUCAUGCAGAUUGUGGAAAAAAUGUCAGUGCAGCAUUCCUUAUGCUUUAUGGGAUUGCAUUGGCAACAGAAGGAUGGGGUGUUGUUGCCAGUUUGAAAAUCUACCCACCAUUUGCUGGGGCUGCUGUAUCAGCAAUUACUCUUGUUGCUGCAUUUGGAUUUGCUGUCUCUCGCCCAUGCCUGACUCUUAAGAUGAUGGAAGACGCUGUUCAUUUCCUCAGUAAGGAAACCAUUGUUCAAGCAAUUGCUAGAUCUGCCACUAAGACAAGAAAUGCAAUAUCUGGAACAUAUUCAGCGCCACAGAGGUCUGCUAGUUCGGCUGCACUUUUGGUUGGAGACCCUACUGCCAUGCGUGAUCGGGCAGGGAAUUUUGUGCUUCCUAGAGCAGAUGUAAUGAAAUUGCGAGAUCGUCUAAGAAAUGAAGAACUUGCUGCGGGGUCAUUCUUCUGGAGAAUAAGAAAAGGAAGAAUGUUACGGCUUGAAUCUAACAGUGAUGUAGGCCAUCGAAGAGAAAUGUGUGCACAUGCACGGAUUCUGGCUUUAGAAGAGGCAAUUGAUACAGAGUGGGUUUACAUGUGGGAUAAAUUUGGUGGUUAUCUCCUUCUAUUGCUUGGUUUGACUGCCAAGGCAGAGCGUGUGCAGGAUGAGGUUCGUUUGGGACUCUUUCUUGAUAGCAUAGGAUUUUCAGAUCUAAGUGCUAAGAAAAUUAAAAAGUGGAAUCCAGAAGACCGCAGACAGUUUGAAAUCACACAGGAGAGUUAUAUAAGAGAAAAGGAGAUGGAAGAGGAAAUGUUGAUGCAGAGACGGGAAGAAGAGGGUAGAGGUAAAGAAAGAAGAAAGGCUCUUCUUGAGAGGGAAGAACGAAAAUGGAAGGAAAUAGAAGCUUCUCUUAUAUCGUCAAUUCCAAAUGCUGGCAAUAGGGAGGCAGCAGCCAUGGCAGCUGCAGUGCGUGCAGUUGGAGGUGAUUCUGUUCUUGAUGACUCUUUUGCACGUGAGAGAGUUUCAAACAUAGCACAUCGUAUUCGAACAGCUCAGUUAUCUCGGCGAGCUCUUCAGACCGGAGUUGUGGGUGCUAUUUGUGUCCUUGAUGACGAACCAACUACAGUUGGCAGACAUUGUGGUCAUAUUGAUCCUAGCAUAUGUGAAAGUCAAAAGGUCAGCUUCUCUAUUGCAGUGACAAUUCAGCCCGAAUCUGGGCCAGUUUGUCUGUUAGGUACUGAGUUUCAGAAGAAAGUGUGCUGGGAAAUCCUUGUGGCUGGUUCGGAACAAGGUUUUGAGGCUGGACAAGUUGGACUAAGAUUAAUCACUAAAGGUGAUAGACAAACUACGGUAGCAAAAGAAUGGAGUAUUGGUGCAACUAGUAUCACUGAUGGAAGGUGGCAUAUGGUAACAGUGACUAUUGAUGCUGAUUUGGGUGAGGCAACUUGCUAUCUUGACGGUGUAUAUGAUGGCUAUCAGACUGGUCUACCUUUGCUUGUGAGCAACAGCAUUUGGGAGCAAGGCACAGAAGUUUGGAUUGGUAGCAGACCUCCUACAGAUGUGGAUGCAUUUGGGAGGUCAGAUAGUGAAGGAGCUGAAUCUAAGAUGCAUUUGAUGGAUGUUUUUCUUUGGGGAAGGUGCUUGACUGAAGAUGAAAUUGCUUCUCUUCAUAAUGCCUUGGGAUCUGCUGAAUACAAUGUGAUUGAUCUUCAAGAAGAUAAUUGGCAAUGGGCAGAAUCUCCUUCCCGGGUUGAUGAGUGGGACAGUGAUCCUGCAGAUGUGGAUCUCUGUGAUAGGGAUGAUGUAGAUUGGGAUGGACAAUAUUCUAGUGGGAGGAAAAGAAGGUCCGAUCGUGAAAUGGUCAUGGUAGAUGUGGAUUCUUUUACCAGAAAGUUGAGGAAACCUAGGAUGGAAACACAGGAAGAGAUGAAUCAUCGGAUGCUUUCAGUUGAAUUGGCUGUCAAAGAAGCCCUUUCUGCAAGAGGGGAAACCCAUUUCACUGAUCAGGAGUUUCCUCCAAAUGAUCGAUCUCUAUUUGUAGAUCCUGAACAUCCCCCAUCAAAACUACAGGUUGUUUCUGAAUGGAUGAGGCCAACUGAAAUAGUGAAAGAGAACAAUUUGAAUUCUUAUCCGUGCUUAUUUUCUGGUGCUGCAAAUCCUUCUGAUGUUUGUCAGGGGCGACUGGGUGAUUGUUGGUUUCUGAGCGCUGUUGCUGUUUUAACUGAGGUUUCCCGGAUAUCAGAAGUUAUAAUUACACCAGAAUAUAAUGAGGAAGGGAUCUACACAGUUCGUUUUUGUAUUCAGGGUGACUGGGUUCCUGUUGUCGUUGAUGAUUGGAUUCCAUGUGAAUCACCUGGUAGACCUUCAUUUGCUACCAGUAAGAAGGGGAACGAACUCUGGGUUUCAAUAUUGGAGAAGGCAUAUGCCAAACUACACGGCUCUUAUGAGGCAUUAGAAGGUGGGCUUGUGCAAGAUGCUCUUGUGGACCUCACUGGAGGUGCUGGUGAGGAGAUUGACAUGAGAAGUGCGCAGGCCCAGAUUGAUCUAGCAAGUGGAAGACUCUGGUCUCAAUUAUUACGCUUCAAACAAGAGGGAUUUCUACUAGGUGCUGGGAGUCCUUCAGGUUCAGAUGUGCAUGUUUCUUCCAGCGGCAUUGUGCAAGGGCAUGCUUACUCUUUGUUGCAGGUAAGAGAAGUGGAUGGCCAUAAACUUGUUCAAAUUCGAAAUCCAUGGGCAAAUGAAGUGGAGUGGAAUGGUGCUUGGUCUGAUUCAUCAAUCGAAUGGACUGAUAGGAUGAGGCACAAGCUUAAGCAUGUCCCACAGUCAAAAGAUGGUAUAUUCUGGAUGUCUUGGCAAGACUUUCAGAUACACUUCCGUUCAAUAUAUGUUUGUCGUGUCUACCCCCCUGAGAUGCGGUACUCUGUGCAUGGCCAAUGGCGUGGUUACAGUGCUGGUGGCUGCCAAGAUUAUGAUACAUGGCAUCAGAACCCCCAGUUCCGAAUCAGGGCUGUGGGGCCAGAUGCAUCAUUUCCCAUUCAUGUAUUCCUUACCUUAACACAGGGUGUGAGCUUCUCAAGGACCUCAGCUGGUUUCAGGAACUACCAGUCCAGUCAUGAUUCAUUGAUGUUUUACAUUGGGAUGAGGAUACUCAAGACUCGUGGUCGUAGGGCUGCUUAUAACAUUUAUAUGCAUGAAUCCGUAGGCGGUACAGAUUAUGUUAAUUCUCGAGAAAUAUCAUGUGAAAUGGUCCUAGAGCCUGACCCAAAGGGUUACACAAUAGUGCCUACAACAAUCCACCCUGGAGAAGAAGCACCAUUCGUUCUCUCUGUGUUCACUAAAGCAUCAGUAACUCUUGAAGCUUUAUAGCACACAAUGAUGACUCGUCGGUUGUUUUUGUUUUAUUUGGGCUUGAUGCACAUCUGCAAAAUGUUGGAUUGCUUCAGUUGUGGCUGGAUUGUGCAUGCCUGCAAGAAAUUUUGAAAGAGCUUGAAUGGAUUGAAAGAGCAUCAUGGGUCAUGCUGCUCCUUGUUGCAGACACAGCAUCUGGUAGUCCCUUUAUUUUCCGUCUUUCCUGCAAGCUCAGAGGACGCCAGAUUUCAUUCUUCGGCGAGUUUAUAGCUUCUAUCUAUCUAUCCAAAGGUAUGAUUGCGCAAAAAUGAUUUCUGGAUAAAAUCUUGAGAUCAUCUGGGCAGAUGUGUCUGGUUGGGCCAUUUGGAAUCAACUGUACAUGAGUAGAUGUAAACAUAUAGGAGGAGAUGAUAUUGUAAAUGAGGUCUGAAAAGAGAAAUAGGUUAAUUAAAUGAGCAAAACUUUAUUCAGAGAAACAAAAGAAAGCAGUGCAGCUGGAAAUAGAUGUAAAGUCUCUCAGCAGCAGGCUGCAGUUUUGAGGUGGCUGUGACUUGUUGACUUAAUUGUAGAACUGGUUGUUCAUUUAUUUGGCAAUAUAAUCACCAGUUAUAUUGAUUUCCAUUAA